AUGGGCGGCCGUGCGCUGGGGUGGCUGCUCGUCUUCGCCGCGCUCCUGCAGCUCCGCAGCUGCGGCUGGUUCACGCGGCGUUGUGAUGAUGAACUGAUUGGCCCCCUCUAUACCUGGAAUCUUGGUGCAUCCUCUCGAUCCAGCAUCUUCCGUGCUGCCACAUUUGCUAGGCUUUAUGGUGCUGGCGGCUGGUCACCCGACCCCCAAGACAAGCAGCCGUGGCUCCAGAUUGACCUGACAAAGAAAGCUCACAUUAAAAGCAUCGCUACUCAGGGGGUCUUCAAUACCUACAACUGGGUGACCCGCUACAUUGUCCUCUAUGGUGACCAUCCCAGCAACUGGAAGCCUUAUUUCCAGCGGGGGAGCAACUGGACAUUUUUUGGCAAUGUGAAUGCAAGUGGUGUGGUUCUCCAUGACCUUCAUUAUCCCAUCUUGGCUCGUUACCUCCGUAUCAUUCCUGUGGCUUGGAAUCCACAUGGCACCAUUGGUUUACGAGUGGGUCUUUAUGGCUGCUACUACCAGUCUGACGUCUUGUAUUUUGAUGGUGAUGAUGCCAUUGCCUACAGAUUCCGUACCAAAACUGUCCGUACUACCCAAGACAUCAUUGGGUUCAACUUUAAGACAAUGGAACGCGAAGGCAUCUUAAUGUACGGGGCAGGGUCCCAGGGAGACUACAUCAGUGUGGAGCUGCGACAGGCCCAGCUGGUUCUCAGCAUGAGUCUUGGCAACAGCUCUCUAAACACUAGUGGAGGGGAGACGACAAUGAAAUUGGGGAGUCUCCUGGAUGACCAGCACUGGCACCAGUUUCGUCUCGACCGCUACCGGCAAUAUGUCAACUUCAGCCUCGAUGGGGAGGUCCUGCAGUUCCGCCUCAAUGGGGAGUUUGAGCAGCUUGACCUGGACUCAGAGAUCUUCUUUGGAGGAGUGAUGAACCAUGAGAAGCAGCGUCUCGCCUAUCGGCAGAACUUCCGUGGCUGCAUGGAGAACAUCGCCUAUAAUCUGGUCUACAUAACUGAUUUAGCAAGACGCCGCAAGCCCUCUAUCCGGUUUGAGGGCCAUGUGGGCUAUUACUGUCGGGACAACCUUUUGUUUCCCUUCACAUUUGCUGGGGUCAACAACUUCUUGCAGGUGCCAGGAUAUCCCAGGCGCAAUCUACUGGCAGUCAGCUUCAGCUUCCGCUCGUGGGAUGUUGUGGGGCUGCUCAUGUACACUUCCUUUGCUGAUGACCUGGGCUGGCUUGAGAUGGUGCUGAGUGAUGGUCAAGUUAAUGUCACCAUUGCUCAGCCAAAAAGCAAAGUUAAAACCAAGAAGCUGGAGUUUGCAGCAGGAUACCGUCUUAAUGAUGGCUUCUGGCAUUCCGUGUCCUUGAUGGUGCGUGAAACCUCGGCUGUCAUCACCAUCGAUGACCAGAAUGAUGCCAGCUUCCGUGUUGACCGAGACAUUCAGCUGCGCACAGGGAACCAGUACUUCUUUGGAGGCUGCCCCAAGCCAGCAUCACGUACUGGCUGUGCCUCCAAUCAGACAGCCUUCCAUGGGUGCAUGCAGAUGGUCAGUGUAGAUCGGCAGCCCAUUGAGUUAGACAUGGUUCGCCAGCAUCGGCUUGGCAAGUACUUUGAGGUGUACUUCAAUGUGUGCGGCGUCACUGAUAGGUGUACCCCCAAUAUGUGCGAACAUGGCAGUCGUUGCAUCCAGUCGUGGGAUGACUUCACGUGCAUCUGUGACUUGACGGGUUACAAGGGGGAGACCUGCCAUACUCCUGUUUACAAAGAAAGUUGUGAAGCCUAUCGACUCAGUGGCAAAAGGUCUGGCAACUACACCAUUGACCCAGAUGGCAGUGGGCCCUUGAAACCUUUUACUGUGUAUUGCGACAUUCGAGAGGACCGUGCAUGGACCAUUGUUCGGCACAAUCGGCAUUGGCUCACAAAAGUGGCAGGCUACAGUCCUGAAAGGCCUUUCCUGGGCACGGUUGACUACUGGAAUGCAUCGUGGGGUGAGGUGUCAGCUCUGGCAAAUGCCUCCGAGUACUGCGAGCAACAAAUUGAGUUCUACUGUUACUUCUCCCGCCUGCUCAACACCCAGACUGGAAUGCCUUUGAGCUUCUGGAUGGGCCGAAAUGCAGAGCGCCAUUAUUACUGGGGAGGCUCCCCACCAGGCCUGGGGCGCUGUGCUUGUGGCAUGGAUAAGAACUGUGCUGACCCACGUUUCUUCUGCAACUGUGACGCUGACCAUGCCAUGUGGCGGGCAGAUAAGGGGCUGCUGAAUUUUGUAGACCAUCUUCCAGUCACACAAGUUGUAGUGAGUGACACCAACCGCACUGGCUCAGAGGCCCAGUUCUAUGUGGGUCCCCUGCGUUGCUAUGGAGACCGCAACUCCUGGAAUACAGUGUCCUUCAUCAGGGGAACGGCCUUGCUCUUUCCCACCUUCCAGGUUAACUACAGCCUCGACAUCAGCUUCUUCUUCAAGACUUCUGCCCCAUCAGGCACUUUUCUAGAAAAUGUGGGCCCAAGGAACUACAUCCGUGUGGAACUCAACACUUCCCAGGACUUGGUCUUUGCUUACAACAUUGGAAAUGGUGAUGAGAAUUUGACCGUGCACUCAGAGAUGCCCUUCAAUGACAACGAGUGGCAUGAGGUGAAGGCAGAGAUCAAUGUCAAACUAGCUCGGCUGCGUGUUGACCGGAUGCCAUGGGUGGUACGAGCAGCCCCACCUCAGAGUUUCAUCCACAUGAACCUUACUAAACCACUCUACGUGGGUUCUGCUGAAUACUACCUGCGUCCCUUCUUGGGUUGCUUGCGGGGCUUGCACAUGAAUGGAGUGACCCUCAAUUUGGAGGGGAAGGCCAAUGAAACGGAGGGGGUGCUUGUGAACUGCACGGGGCACUGCCAGAACCCCUUGGUACCAUGCCAGAACUAUGGCAUCUGCCUGGAACACUAUAGCCACUACACCUGCAACUGCUCUGUCUCUGCUUUUGAAGGACCUUUCUGCAAUCAUGAUAUUGGUGCCUACUUCAAGGAAGGCACUUUGGUGCGCUUUGACAUCAUGACAAUGCCCAUGUUUGUGGUACAGGAAUUCGCCAACAUAGUCCAUCAACCACUUCAGCCACUCCCUGGCUACAACCUGACUGGGGAGGAAGUGGGGCUCAGUUUUCGCACCAGAUCAGCCCCUGCCGUCCUGCUUUACGUCAGCACCUUUGUGCGUGAUUACAUGGCCAUUUUGAUCCGUGAGGAUGGCACUCUGCAGCUACGUUACCAACUAGGCACCCUCCCGUAUAUCUUGGCCCUGAGCACCCGUUCAGUGGUUGAUGGGCAACCACACACCAUCAACAUCACUCGUGUGAAUCGGACUCUGUACACACAGUUGGACUAUUACCCUGUCAUGGAACAUCAGUUUUCCCUCUUCGUGGACAGCAGACUUGAUUCUCCCAAGGCACUCUAUCUUGGCCGUUUCAUGGAGACGGGUGUGAUCGAUCCAGAGAUACAGAGAUACAACACACCAGGCUUCAUAGGCUGCCUCUCAGGGGUAAAAUUCAACAGCAUUGUGCCCUUGAAAACCAUCUUCCGGCGCAGUGGCAGCAGCCCCAUCAGCCCUUAUAGUAUCCAGGGGGAACUGGUGGAGUCCAACUGUGCCUCUAUGCCUUCCACGUAUAUUGAAAUGCCACCAGAACUCGACCCCUGGUACAUAGACCCAGUGGAUUUCCUGUACAUCCAUGAUGAUGGCUGGGUUGCAAUUCUUAUUGGAGUCUUCAUUUUCCUGCUUCUGCUUCUGGCGGCUGCCCUCAUCUUGAUGUACCUCCAUCAUCAUCGCUACAAGGGCUCAUACCACACCAAUGAGCCUAAGGCCAUCCAGGACUACAACAGUGGCAGUGGUGGCGGAGCUGCUUCCACGCCUGUGGCUAAGGCAGCUGCCUCACGGAAGGAUCAAAACUUGCCACAAAUCCUGGAGGAGACCAAAACAGAGUAGCCAAAUACUGCCGGAAGGAUUAAUGCUCCAGUCAUUGGUGCUGGCUACAGCCUCUUGGCAAGACCAAACCAGAACUGCCAACUGUGCCACUUGCUGGCAGGCUGACUUUUCUCUCCACUGUCCCAUGGUUUGGCCUGCGUGGUGCUUUGUCUUGUCUCACCUGCACUAUCUUCCAGUCAGAACCAGUACCGACCAGCAGGUGUCCAAUCACAGAUUUGCUCCCUUACCCACUAUUUGGGAUAGCCUAAUUCCCACCAGACAUGUUUCCCAUCCUUUGGGGGAUUUGGAUGGUGUCUAAGCAGCUGCCAAAGUGAUACCUAUUCCCUCCCACCCCAUGGAUAAUAACCAUCUUCUCCACAAACCAAGCUGCCCAUGUCCAGUCCAUUGGACUUUCUGCCACCCAAAUGUCAGAACUUCUUUGACAAGAUGUUGUCUGUCAAUAUUGCACUUUCUUCUUCUUUAUUUUCAAGAAACAAGGGAAAAUGCAAUGCAAAACCUAUGCUGGCCUUCUCACAUGUGACUCACUAGCACAUAGUCUUCCUGCUUAGCUGCUUAGCAUAAAAAAGCCAUUAGUCAAGCCAUGCAAUAUAGCAUAUUUAGAUCCUGGCACAUUAUAUUGUGCCCAGAAAGAAAUCAGUAUGAAAUAUAGGUAUCGCCUGCCAGUAUAUAUGUGCAGCUGUAACGCAUGGAAGAAUCACUUGCACUUUGCUACCACUUGCUGAUUUCAUAAAUCAGGGCUUUGAGAAUUUAAAAUUCUUUUUUUUCCUUUCUUGGUUGUGGAUUAUUAGACUAGGUUUUUUAUUCAGUGAGUUUGUAUAAAAAACAAAAGCUGAUGUCUGAUCUGUUUUGAAGUGGUGUUGCCUGUGGUCUGUAGUUUGCUACUUCAGGGGAAGAAUGCAUUUGCUCCUCGUUAACCUAUAAUCCUUUUCCUUCCCUACCUUGAAAGCUAACUUCACUUGUGAAUUGUCUGAAAACACUGUAGCAGGGGCCAAAUACAUUUAUUUUAUCCAAAAGCCUGGGCCUAUUCCUGGGCAGUUUAUUUUUUCUAAAGAGCUGUUUGGACAAAAUGUGAAGGUUGACUUAAAUAACAAAUAAAAGAAAAAAGGGUGAUUAUGGUGUGAUCCUGUCGUGGAGGUGUGCGGGAGAUGACAACAUUCUUCAGCAGCUGGAACACGGAAAUUAAAAAUGUAGUUGGAAUGAAUGGGUUUUUAAAACA